AUGCCGUGGUGUUUUUCCAGAGUAAACGACCGUAUUCUCUCCGCCAACGGCGUGUCAUUCGAGAGCAUCGACUAUUCGAGCGCUGUCGACAUCAUUAAGAACGCUGAACACAUCAAUAUGGCAGUCACCCUAGGCUUUGGUAUCGCCGUCUCGGGUGGUCGCGAUAAUCCACAUUUCACCUCUGGCGACCCAGCUGUUGUGAUCUCGGACGUCGUGCCAAACGGACCGGCCUGGGGACUGCUUCAUGUAACGUCAAGAUCAUUGUGA